CGGAAAAGGUACCCGGCGCCUGUCAACGUUCCGCGACGCGUACGAUCGCACCGCGUCCCGUCUAAUCCAACAACGGUUCCACGGUGAAACGUGCCAUCGACGAUGUGACACCCCGCCGGGACUAGUUCGACGUGUAUUCACUUCCCGUGGGCUGUCCUGGAGAACGCGAUCCGGUCGGCGGACGAGCCUGUUUAUAACACCGUCGCGUCCCGUCCACGCAACAACCUGCUCCCGAGUGUGACGAGUGUUGACACGUCGUUGUCAAUGUCGGCCGAUCGUAUAUAGGAAUAUUCGCCGUCUCGCGAUCAUCGCACCUGUCGAAGAGUCGCCUAUCAGAGUGAUCGGAUGAGUCGAGUGCGUUAGGGGUUAGUGAGACCGAGUGUGUCCCGGUGGAUCGUAUCGAUCGAGGGAUCAGGCGUGUGCAGGAGGUAGCGACAAUUAAGGAUAUCGCCGGGUAGGCAGUGUCACGUGGUGUGCGGGCUAAGUGGCACGUGGCUGUGUCGUUUGAACGCGUUUCAGAGCGACGCAGGAAGUGUCCGGACCUCUUGGAGGAACUUGUCGGAAGUCACGGUGACGGCUGAUAGGAUUGGCAGACCAAGUGUGCGCGCAGCGUUGACAAGGGGAGUGAAACGGGGUCGGCAUUGUAAUCCGCGUUGCGUAGGAAUUGGAAACGCUAUUAAUUUACCUGGAAUCCUAUCAGGGGGCUGGAAGUUUUCUAAUUGGAUGACUAACGAGUCAGAGGUAGGAGUGAGAAGCUGAAGACGCGUACCGGAACUGCAUCAGCGUUGAAUAACGCGUGUCUUUGAGGAGGACACUCCCACCAGUGGAUAAUUAAUCUGGAUACUAAUUAGUCGCGUGCCAAAGAGACAAACGCGAACGGCUGGCUGGCUGGUUCGACGGAUUUGCUGAUUAAACUCGCCACCGGACGACCCGGUAGGAUCCGGAUGAAAGGGCGGGCUAAUGAGACCGGGGAGACGCCUCGAAAGCUUCUCGUAAGAACGCGAUACUGGAAGAACGGGCUCUGCGGCUCGAAAGUACCUUGAAGAUUGCCAAUUUCCAUUGGGAGAUGAUAGCAGGAAGAUGUGGGUCGCUUUAAUUCACGGAACAUAUCCGGUUUUCUUAACCUAGUCGAAGGUCUGGCUCUCAACAAGAAAGAGAUUCGCGAGUGUCUUCGCAGUGCACCCGAUUGACCAGGAUAUCCGUGACUCGGGGAUUCUAAAGGUCCACGAGUUCCAUUGUGAGAAUAUCAAAAGUGAUCACAGUGAUCUAGGUGUCUGUACAUUCGUCUAUCCCAGAUUGGAUUAUCAGAAACCCCCAAGAGCCCAACGAGACCCGUGACCCGAGGAUACAAAGUGAUAGUCCUGAUAUCGAAACCUAUCGUGACCUAUUUGGACCCUAUUUGGACCUGUCUCUGACCAGAGGAUCGAUCGAUCCGAAUUUCUUAAUUGACAAACAGUCGCCUCUAACUUCCUCUAACUUUACUUCAGGAUAUAGAACUAAGAUCCGUGAUCUAGGACUGAAAUCAAAGCCCGGAGGAUCUCUAUCAUGGAAUAAAGAACGCGGAAGGUCAGGAUACACCCGGAACGGUCUCGCAUUUCCUCACCUGGAUCCAAACGAUCCCGGUGUCCCCGCCCAUCGAACGAUUCAACGUUCGAGCAUACCACGAAUUGGUGGAAGAAAUUCCACAAAGUCUUUGGAGUUACGGGGACGAGGAAGAGCCGGGGAUAAAACGAGGAAGGCACCUCGGUAAUCCAGCGUGGUGGAAACUCGCCAACUGUUAAAGAGCCAGCGUCCUGGAUAGAGGCUAUCCAGGUGUCCCAAUCCGUUGGAUUAACAGUCGCAGGGUGCAAAUUACACGGCGUGAGAGGUUCCCUCGAGGGACGAUCGGUCUGCGCGGAGACAUUUCUCAGAUGUCGAGCGAACGAUGAAGCACUCGAGGCGAGCGAGUGGCUCGAGUGCCACUUCGAUCGCGAGCGAUUUGUGCUGCAGGUGCACGGGAAAGUGUCCGACGAAAAUGUGGCUCGCGCUACUGCUCCUCUGCUCUCUCUUCGGAACAGGUGCGUCGAUCAAGCUACUGAGACUAGACGUGCCCAGUAUAGCGGACCCAAGAUGGGAGAAGGUGAUAUUGAGAUGCGAAUACGACCUAAGCGGCGAGGAUCUGUAUUCCGUGAAAUGGUACAAGGACGGAGCCGAGUUCUUCAGGUUUAUGCCGGGCUCGAGGCCACCGGGUCGAGAUUUCCCCGUCGAUGGGGUGUACGUGAACGUGAACAAGAGCGACAGCAAACAGGUGACGCUGCUGGGACAGGCGAACAAUCGGAGAGGCAAAGUGAAUCUCGCGGGGUCCUAUGGCUGCGAGGUGUCCUCUGAAGGGCCCAGUUUCCUCACGAUCUACGACGAGGCGAAUAUGAGCGUCGCCAUUCCUCCAAAGGACCGACCCAGUCUACGUGGCCUUCGACCUUCUUACGAGGCGGGUGGAACGCUCCAAGCGGAAUGCAGUUCCGCGGCCAGCUACCCUCCAGCCCAGCUCGUCUUUAUCCUCAACGGAAAAGAGGUGAACAAACCGUGGACCAGAGAGUUGCCAAGCAUCGACUCCUCUGACGACAGCAUCGUGUCUUCGACGCGACUAGGCCUGACCCUGCGUCUGGAACGACACCAUUUCCCGGGUGGGACCCUGACUCUGAGCUGUCAGUCGACGCUGCCAGGGAUCAUCGGUGCGAGGGUGCUGGAGAGGAAGGAAACCGCGACGCUGGCCGCCAGCAAUCAGCGAUUGGCCCAAGAGCCACCUAGAUCCAGCAGCUGCGUCCAUCACCCCCUCGCGUCGAUGGCGAUCGCCUAUCUCCUAGCGAUCCUUCGAUCAUUUAACCGCGGUAACUUAGCACCUUUGCAUGUUUAACCGACUCGUCGGAAAUCGCCACUGAAGCUCGCUCGAUCAUUGGGAUCAUUUUGUCCGGGUAAAGCCGUUGCUUCUUAAAUGUCAAAAGAAUCGUUGACGUAAAGUUCGCUGUUCGAUUCGAUCCCAGGUGCAGGCUAGCCUGAGCCACGGAUCCGAUACGCUGAGCCAACAGAACUAUACCAAAAUCGAUUGUAACCGG